AUGAUGCCAUCCACAAGCUUCGCUGCCAAGGUCCUACCUAAUAAUGUCGAGACCGUGGCGAAAUUCGACUUCGCAAAGACGCUUGAACCCAUGUUCUCUGCUUGUGAAACACCCCACACCCAACUGCAAAAAUUACACCAAGCGCUCCAAGAACUGAAAACCGAACUCGCGGGCUUGAAAUCCAGCAUCCACACUCCGGAGGCCGAGGAAAGCGCAAACCUUCCCAAGGCGAACGCUUUGGCCGAACGAAUCAACGGAAACCUGACAGAACUGAAGACGAUCACUGAAGAAAAGUUCGACGUGAAGCACAGCGCCUUCUGCUCGGAAUUCGGCUUGGCAGUCGCGUCCUUGAAUGUGUCGCCUGCACCUACUCGUCUGGCACCAUUUUCUGACCUUCAAGCGGUCAAGCCUCCUGGUGCCACAGAGAAAAAAAAAAUCGAAAGAAGGAGACCUGUGUGUCAGAGAACUGUUGAGCGAUUUCUGUAGGACGACUAAAAUGCGCGCGGCCUUGUGUUGUAGUACCGUUG